AUGAAAAGCUCAAACCGCCUUGAGGAGGGUGCCUCCGCCUUUCCCGGCGAGCUCCCCCCUCUGCCCGCCCAGGCCUCGCUGAGCAGCGCCGACAUCCUGCGGUACAGCCGGCAGCUGGUGCUGCCCGAGCUGGGCGUGCGGGGGCAGCUGCUGCUGGCCCGCUCCUCCGUGCUCGUGGUGGGCUGCGGCGGCCUGGGCUGCCCCCUGGCCCAGUACCUGGCCGCGGCCGGCGUCGGCCGCCUGGGUCUGGUGGAUCACGACGUGGUGGAGACGAGCAACCUGCACCGGCAGGUGCUGCACGGGGAGGCGCGCCGGGGGCUCCCCAAGGCCGCGUCUGCCGCGGCAGCCCUGCGGCUGCUGAACUCCACCGUGCAGUACGUGCCCUACUGCGGCGCCCUGAGCCCCCGCACUGCCCUCCAGCUGGUGCGGCAGUACGACCUCGUCGCCGACUGCUCCGACAACGUCCCCACCAGGUACUUGGUGAAUGACGCCUGUGUCCUGGCUGGGAAACCCCUCGUGUCCGGCAGUGCCCUCCGGCUGGAGGGGCAGCUAGUCGUGUACAACUACCAGGGGGGGCCCUGCUACAGGUGUCUCUUCCCCAAGCCCCCUCCACCAGAGACAGUGACUAACUGUGCGGAUGGGGGAGUGCUGGGUGUCGUGCCAGGCAUCAUGGGGUGCAUCCAGGCCUUGGAAGUGCUGAAGAUUGCCUCGGGAAUGGGUUCCUCCUUCAAUCAGUUCAUGCUGAUGUUUGAUGCCCGUGAAGGGAGAUUUCGCAACAUCAAGUUAAGACCAAAGAAACCAGACUGUGCUGUUUGUGGUGACAAUCCGUCUGUCACCUGCCUUCAGGAUUAUGAGGCAUUUUGUGGUUCUUCUGCAACAGACAAGUGUAGGACUUUACAUCUACUGUCCAGUAAAGACAGGGUAUCUGUAGAGGAAUACAAAAAACUGUUGGAUGAGCAAGUUCCUCAUGUAUUGUUAGAUGUUCGUCCACAGGUAGAAGUGGAUAUCUGUCGCCUGGCACAUGCUGUCCACGUUCCUUUGAGUAAAUUAGAAGAAAAAGAUGAAGAAUACCUGGAAUAUUUAGAAAAAAGAAUUUGUGAAGAAAAGCAGAGAACUAAUGGCCAAACGUCUUUUCCUGUAUAUGUUGUUUGCAAAUUAGGAAAUGACUCCCAGAAGGCUGUAAGAAUUCUGCAGGAGUUACCUGUCAAAGAAUUUGGUUCUGUGUUAGCUAAGGAUAUUAAAGGGGGGCUCAUGGCUUGGGCCAGUAAAAUUGACCCAACGUUUCCUCAGUAUUAG